CGAGCGAGCGGAGUAAGCAGUGGCCAUGGCGGCGCAGCCACAGACGUGCCCCGAAGAGACGCUCCCCGACGGGACUCCGGAGCUGCCGAAAGCUGGAAAGUUGAAUCCCGCGGACAACACUGUUGCGAGUUGUCUCAAAGAGACGCCCAGGCCUGUUACUCCCACCGCUGUACGAAAGUUUCGAAAUACAACAGAUCCAGCUCCUGGUGCUAAAAUAAUAUUCUACGGCAGUGCAGGUGAUCCCGACAUUGCAACUCACUUGACACAUGGCAUAAAGUCAGCCUCCAAGUUCACUGUAGCUUCAUUGAUAAGUCCAGUUGCUAAAAGUGUAUUUCAAGAAAAGAUGCAAGACAUGAAAGAAGCAAUUUACUCCAGUAAUCGUGAAGCACCUUUGGGUAAAUCACAUGAUCAAUCUUCAAAGUUACCUGAGGGCUUGGAUAUAAUUAAUACUACCUUUGGAAUGAAAGUCUUCAAAGAUUUAACAGCUGGAGAGCUUGUAAAUCCACCAAAAACCUUUGAGGAAGUGGAUAAAGAAGCAAGAGAAGGACAUGAUUUGUAUGUUCUGUCACAUGAGGAUUAUUACACGGGGGAAUCAGUCAAUAGGAAAUAUAACUCACACUUUGACAAGUCUUCUGUUUAUGGAAUGGAAACCCCUCACUAUGAAGAUGGGCGAAAUACAGCCAAGACCUUAAAUUGGGUCUUGGACCUGGAUUCGAAGAGAGCACCACACCUUGUGUCAAAACAAAGUGAUGAUUUCAAGGAAAAAUACCAGCCUCUGGUUGGAAAAGCUCUCGAUCCUAUAGCAGAAACUAUGAAUGUUCCCCCAGACCAUACAUUUGGAUUGGUGAUCCCUCCAGAUGAUUAUGACGUUCAUGAUCUUCUUCAUGACCGGGUUCCAUGUGAGUUCCUCCGUGGGAAGGACAGAGAAAGAGUUAUCUUGAUUGCAGUUCGGGAAAGUCUGAAGAAAGCUGACUAUGGGAAUUUUGAUGUGUUACUGGAAGCAUUGAGACAUUUUGAUAAGAAUGGUGAUGGAACCAUACACAAGGACAGCGUACGAAAGGUCUUUUUUCAGCUGAACAUGAAUCUAGAUGAUGAGCUCCUGGAAUCCUUAUUUGACUGCUGUGAUUUGGAUAAGAAUGGUCUGAUUAAUUACCGUGACUUUGUGAAUUUUCUGAACUGGAAAGAUAAAAUGGGUGUUAAAGAGUUUGAAGAAAAAAUAAUUACAAAAGGGAAAAAAUUAGAUGCCUAUCUUCCCAAAGACACAAAGAAAGAGGACAAACCACUGCCGGAACAGGAAGAUCUUGAGUUAAAAGAACCAGAAAGCUCAGAAAAGAUGUCAAAACCACUUACAAGAUCAACAGACCGUGUAUAUACAAACUAUCAAACAUCAUCUUCUCAGUAUAAUGCUGUAGUAGGUGGUAUCCCAACGUCCUGUUAUCCAUUGUGUGGUGUUCCAAGUAUUCGUUCAGAUAUUCCUGCUCCUCAAGUGUGCCGCCUCAGUGACACAACUAAUUAUGGUGACCAGGGCAAUAGUUUUUCAGUAUUGUUCCCUUCUGUCUUCAGUCAAAAGGGAGUGUAUGAAAAAGAUCUUUUAAAAAAGCGACCAAAGGCAGAGAUUAAACAAGUUCUCCACAAUAUGGGCCUGAAUGCUGCAGACGAAAGGUUUGAAGAAAUAUGGAAGCAAGUGUGUACAAAACAUGAGAUAAAAGAGCUUUGUGAUUGUGAAGAAAGUAUGUGGAAUAUACUGAAUAAGAUAAAUGAAUCUGGCAUAAAAUUCUAGUCCCUGAUUCCAUUCUCUGGGCACUGCUUUUAUUUAACAUCAGUCAUAAUUCUGGUGCUGAAUAAAUAAUAAACAAUAAAUAUUUAUACUGUCUUUCUGCACAUAUAUAUGAAUAAUUGCAUUUUAUAGGAACUGGUAUCCAUGCUUGUAAAUGUAUUACAAAUAAUUACAAAUAUGUUAUAUUCCAUUUUGCAUUUUUUUAAAUUUUUUUUCUCUUAUAAAUGGAAAGGCACUUUUGAAAAUGCUAAAGUUAAAUGUUUCAGAUAUUCAAGGCCUCACAAAGAUUAUUAUCAUAUCAUGGCAUUUUCCCUUUCUUCUCAUAAUUCUUGUCAACAGAGAUCUGGUUGUGGGAAAGUAUUUGAGAUGUUUAAUGGUUCAUGUGAGAAAGUGUUUUACAGUAAAAUAGUAAGGAAAGUACAUAGUAAUAGAUGUGGGAUCUAUAGUGUUGUCAUGAAAUAGACUCCAUAAAAACCUAUAGGUUAAGAAGUGCCAGAAAUGAAUGUCCAGUUUAUGGCAGAGGGCUCCUAUUCUUUAUGCAAGCUUAUGACUAUUACUUAAUAGUAUUCAGCUUUCACAAUGAAGAAAAAAUAAUGGAUAUUGAGAGGUGUUUAUGUAAUAAACAUUACAUUACUGAGUAGUCAAAAAAGUUUGUGAGGGCUUUCAGAGAGCCAGCUGUUCAUUUGUGACUAGUGUGAUUUCUUGGGAAGAGGGAGAGUCAUUAAUAGAAAACACUUAAAGAUUAUUAUGCAAAUCUCAAUGAAUAGAUAUAAAGUCCAAUAAGAAUAAAUAAUGGAAAGAAUAUGAAAACCUGCAACUGAGUUGGAAUGUUCAUUCUUCUACUACAGCACUGAACUGUGUUGUAAAACAGAUGGAAAUUGUUCACUAUUAAGAGUGAGAAGUAUUGCUUCUAGACUUUCAAAUUCAAAUGAAAGAUUCUUGCCCAAUGUAAUCUUAAUAUACAGGAUUUCAAGAAGGAUGUUAUUUUGUCACCUAUUAGUGUUUUAAAUACCUUAAUAAGAUUUGGAGAAUGUUGCCAGCCAAAAGCGUUACAGAGUUUUACAAUGAAAGCAAAGGUUUGUUUUGUUAAAUACUAGAAAUGCACAUGUAAUGCCAGCUUAACAUUUUAGUUCCUUCUUCUCUCGCGUUUGUUAAGAUUCCUCUUUUGCCUGUGUUCUAGGAGCUAGUCAUUUACAUGUAACUAGCUUGUUAUAUGAAAUCUGCAAGCCAGACCCUUUUGUACAUUAUUUUUGUAGCAUUAACAGUAGCUGUCUUACAUCAAGUAGAAAGAAUUUGCUUUCUGGUAUCUCCAAGGAGCAGGUGGUGGAAAUGCUGCUUGAUGAAGGCAACUUCUUUCCUGCUGUGAAUUAAUGUUCUGCACUGUUGCUGCCUUGCCUCCCCAUCCUUCUGGAACUCUCUGCAUGCACUCAGAAGCGUGCAGGAAGCAGACUGACUCUCCCAAGUGGAACCAUGACAGAAAGAUAAAUGUACAGCUGAUUACAGUUGAAUUUAUAAUGUUAGAGUUUUACCACCUUCAGUGAAAUCAUCUAAAGCUUAUUUUCUGCUCAUAUCAUGGGGGAAGGAAGAAUCCUUUACCUUUGUGGCAGUGAACUUUCAAAAGCACUGGAGAGAAUUACUUUAGAAAAAGCAAAAUAUUUUUCCUCUUCAGUAGAAGGUUUUAGAUGAAAUAUUCAAGCUCGUGCCAGGGGAAAAUGAAAAAAAAAACCUUACUGGAUCUGUGUGUGUGUAUUUAUAUAUAUGUAUAUGUAUAUACAUGAGAUCUGUUAUGUUUGUUCAGCAACUUGAAAUUCUGUGAAACCUAUUUAUUUUUUAUCUACUAUAAAGAUGCUCACUUGCACUCCUCUUUCAGUAGAAUCUUUUCCUUUGUCAAUGAAAUGGAAUUAAUGUUGUUAUUGGUCAGUCUGCUAAAUAAGGUCUGAGUAAAGAAGACUGAUAAAUCAUGGUUUAGUCUUUUGUGAGUAUAUUUGUAACCACAGACUAAAGAUUUUCUUUCAGGUUUGGGUUUGAAAUUACCCCUCUGAAGCUUUAAAAGAUAAAUUACUGAAAAGACCUGUAAAGCCUGCUUGUAGGUUCUUGUUUUUCAUCACAAUACUGAUUAGGAAGUCCCUGAAAGAUUUAAUCACUAUGACACAGCGAAUUCUCAGGAGUUCCCCAAUUCUUUUGCUUCCUUUUGUUAAACACUUUGUGUACACAGAGCUUUGGUGCAGGUUUUUCUGUUUCAUGUCUGUUUAACUUCCCAAUAUGUGAAUUCAAUGACAUGUUUUUAGGCUUUAAAGCUGCAAGUUGUAUUCUGUAAUUUUUGUGGGUCCCUCAAUAUAUUCCAAAAGAUGGAAAAUAUAAGGUUUACUUUCUUCUAUAUUUUAGUGUGAUUCUAGGUAUGGAGCUGAUGUAAUCAGGAUAGCACAAUACUUUGCACUAACCCAGGGGCUGUAUCCAUGGUAAAGUUCUUGGGAAGAGAUAUGAAAACAGCUCAAAAGCCAUGUGUUCUAAGAGUAAAUGUAUAAAUUUAGUGCUUCAGGCAAUUUAUUCUGUUAACAGUUAUAUUAAAAAAUCACAUGUUGACUGAGACAGUGGACAAAACUAAUAAACAGCAAAUUGUAGCAAAGGUAAAUAUUUUGUCAAAAAUUGGUGAUUUCUAGACAUUUUGUGUCAAAUUUUCUUAAUAGAAUUUUCAUAAAAAUAGACACUGGAUAAAAGACACAGCACAUUCAGAUACUUGUGCAUUAUUUCUCCAUUAAUCUCUGUUUCACUCUAAUGAGUAUUCCAAAGAAUAAUGUAUUUAACAAUGAUGUAUUUUUAAUUGGUUCUAUCAAAUGAACAAAGUUCAUUUUAGAGCAGAUGUAUUGGUUUUCAGGAUCAGAGCAGGGAGCUCUUCCUAUAUACAGAGAUAGAGACCAGUGUUUGCUACUCCCCAAAAGCCAUGACAAGGAAACUGACUUUCAAUACCUAAAGACACCCGUAAAAGAUAAGGUUGAAGAUUUGAACGUGCAAAAUUGCUUUUUAUUCAUUCUGUAUUUCUGGCUCUUUUUCUUUAGAAUGUGAAUAUUAGCAUAUAUAAGAAUGUGAAUAUGAAUGUACACAGCUAGUAUGACUUACUUGGCGGCGACUUGUGCUAAGUAAAGCAGAUGUUGGACUCGAUUAUUCUGUUAUUAUUUCAGUUCUCUAAUGAAAAAAAUCAUCUCUGCAAUGACUUUGGUUUGAGAUGCUGUCUUCCAUAGAAAUGUAUGUACAAAUAAAUGUAGGCCUUUCCUUGAUAUUAUUACUA